AUGGCGAGACACAGGAUACGUCUGGACGUUGUCGCCGGUCUGCCGCUGACGUCUGUGAAGGCGUGUCUGUGUCUGUUCACCCUAACAUCUGUUAUCGGUGCUGUUGUAGCGACCUACCCUCUUAGACUCGUUGAUGGCGAGGAGACAUCAUCUGCUGUUACUGGACGUUUGGAGGUGUUCUAUAACGGUACAUGGGGAACCGUGUGUGAUGAUGGUGUGACUGAUAUCACUGCUUCCAGCCUUUGUCGCAUUCUUGGACACAGAUCGCUUCGUGAUCCAGGGGCCUGUAUAUCUGUAAUUUGUGGUAAGGAAGAUACAUCCAAGGUUCUGUUGGAAUGUAGCAGCAGUGGCUAUGCAGUCAACAGGGCAGGCACUGGGUUGAUCUGGUUGGAUGAUGUGGUGUGUGCAGGGAACGAGACUCGCAUAUCCCAGUGUUCUCAUCUUCCUUGGGGAGAAAAUAACUGUGGGCAUCACGAAGACCUCGGUUUAUUAUGUUCAAACGAUACAACAGAAAGAAUCAGGCUCGUAGGUGGACAAAAAACAGCAACCAGUCUAAGCGGACGUUUGGAGGUUUUCUACUUCGGUGUAUGGGGGACCGUUUGUGACAACAACUCCAACAAACGCACAGCCAAUACUCUUUGCCGCAUUCUUGGCUACAGCCAUGGCUAUUCGGUCCGUCGAGCAGGGUUUGGUGAAGGUUCUGGGUUUAUUUUGUUGGACGAUGUGGUUUGUUCAGGGAACGAAACUCGCAUAUCUCAGUGUUCACAUGCUCCUUGGGGAAAUAAUAAAUGUAGGCAUGGCCAAGACCUUGGUUUGGUGUGCACUAACGAUACAACAGUUGCAGAAAAAAUCAGGCUUGCAAAUGGAUCAACGACACCUACUACUCUAAGCGGACGACUGGAAGUUUCCGCCUUCGGCAUAUGGGGAACCGUUUGCGACGAUAAAUUCAACAAACUCAGUGCCAGUACACUUUGCCGCAUUUUCGGUUACAGGGAUGGCUAUCCAAUCAACGGAGCGUUUGGAGCCGGUACCGGAGUAAUCUGGUUGGACGAUUUGGCGUGUUCAGGGAACGAGGCUCGCAUAUCCCAGUGUUCUCAUCGUCCUUGGGGAGAGAAUAACUGUGGGCAUAGCGAAGACAUCGGCUUGGUCUGCUCAAACGAAAGAACAGAAAGAAUCACACUGGUCAAUGGAUCCAAAACAGCAACUAGUCUAAGCGGACGUUUGGAGGUUCUCUACUCAGGUGUAUGGGGGACCGUUUGUGAUGGUAGAUCCAAUAAACUCACCGCCAAUACUAUUUGCCGCAUUCUUGGCUACAGCCGUGGAUAUCCGGUUAACAAUGCUGGGUUUGGAGCGGGUACUGGGGUAAUCUGGUUGGACGAUGUGGCGUGUUCAGGGAACGAGACUCGCAUAUCCCAGUGUUCACACCGUCCUUGGGGGGGAUACAUAUGUAGGCACGAUGAUGACCUCGGUUUGGUCUGUUCAAACGAUACUACAGAAUCUUAUCCUCUUAGACUUGUUAAUGGCGAGGAAUCUUCGUCUGGUGUUACUGGACGUUUGGAGGUCUUCUACAGCGGUACCUGGGGAACAGUGUGUGAUCAUCGUGUGAACGCAGUGACGGCAAAGACUCUUUGUCGCAUUAUUGGAUACAGAUAUGGCACUGCAGUUACGCGAGCAGGGCUUGGAGCAGGUACUGGGAUCAUCUGGUUGGACGAGGUGAAGUGUUCUGGGAACGAGACUAGCAUACCUCAGUGUUCACACCGUCCUUGGGGGAAUAACAGUUGUCUUCACAGUGAAGACCUCGGUUUGGAAUGCUCAAAUGUUUUAACAGUAACUCCCAUUCGGCUUGUUAACGGGAGUCGAGGAACAAACAGUCUCAGUGGCCGACUGGAGGUCUACCACAAGAACACAUGGGGCACGGUUUGUGACAACAUUUUCGACCACAGCGCAGCCAGAACUAUCUGUGGGCUUUUGGGAUUCAGCGAAGGAGUCGAAUUGCCGAAUGCGUAUUUUGGACAAGGGACUGGACAGAUUUGGUUGAACGAAGUUCGUUGUUCUGGGAACGAGACUGUUAUAUCAGAGUGCUCAACUUGGGGGGUGGGGAAUUCACAACUGCCGUCACAACGAGGACAGGAGCUAUUGACCAGACUGGUUGACGGCCAUCGGAGCCCAAACUAUCUCACCGGGCGCCUGGAAAUAUUCAAUGGUGGACUCUGGGGCACGGUGUGCGAUGAGGGCUUUGGUCCGUUCUCUGCUCCUGUAAUCUGUCGUAGUCUGGGCUAUAGAAAUGGGAAUAAGGUUCCACGAUCCAGAUUUGGAACAGGAAGUGGGCCAGUAUGGAUGGACAACGUAAAAUGCUUAGGAAACGAAACUAACAUCUCACAAUGCCUUCGUGGAAACUGGAGAAAUACUUCCUGCACCCAUUACCACGAUAUAGGAUUAUACUGUUACAACACACCAUUUACAGGGUCAGUAGAGACAAGACUUAUGUUUGGACGGAGGGGUCCCGACUGGCAGACCGGCCUAAUUGAGGUUUACUUCGCCGGAGAAUGGGGGAGAGUCUGCGCUGAAAGGUUCAACAACGAAACCGCCUUUGUUGUCUGCCGGUCUCUUGGGUACAGAUUCGGAAACUAUAUACCUCCCUCAUAUCCAACUAUGAUAAUUAAAAUGAUUUGGCUGGGUGGCGCCAUCUGCCGAGGAAAUGAGACAAAUAUCGCUCAGUGUGAUCAUGGUGACUGGGGAGACCAUAUCUGCAGUAAUUAUGAAGACGUCAGAGUCAUCUGCUCCAACACUCAGCCAGCCUCAAACCCGUGUUUUCUUGCGGAAUAUGAACCCUGUGGGGACCCAGCAAUGGGCUGCUUUAAGAGACGGGAACGGUGUGAUAUGCGUUGGAACUGCCGAAACGGGUUUGACGAAUCGUCGUGUUCGACAACAACGAGCCUGGAGUAGACAAGAACGACGACAC